AACGUUGCGCCUUCAUUUCCCUCUUUGACUCUGAAACCCUAGCCGUUUGAUUCUUCUGCAGCAACAAUGCCGCCUAAGUUCGACCCUUCGCAGGUCGUCGAUGUCUACGUCCGAGUCACCGGCGGUGAGGUUGGCGCGGCGAGUUCGCUCGCUCCGAAGAUCGGUCCGCUAGGUCUCUCUCCGAAGAAGAUCGGAGAAGACAUUGCUAAGGAGACAGCAAAGGACUGGAAGGGACUGAGAGUGACGGUGAAGCUCACCGUGCAGAACCGUCAGGCUAAGGUCUCGGUGGUUCCGUCGGCGGCGGCGCUGGUCAUCAAGGCUUUGAAGGAGCCGGAGAGAGACCGGAAGAAGACGAAGAAUAUUAAGCACAACGGGAACAUCUCGCUGGAUGACGUCAUCGAAAUUGCAAGGGUUAUGCGGCCAAGGUCGAUGGCGAAGGAGCUGAGCGGCACCGUUAAGGAGAUUCUUGGCACGUGCGUCUCCGUCGGGUGCACCGUCGACGGGAAGGAUCCAAAGGAUUUGCAGGAGGAGAUCACGGACGGAGAUGUUGAGAUCCCUCUCGAUUGAUGAAGAAGUUUUCUUCUAUUUCUUUUUAUUUUUUCUAUAUUGUUUUUUGUUAUCCCUGUUUAAUUAGUGUUUUUUUCUUCUGAUAUAAUUUUUGGGAAACUGCUGAAGGAUAAUUCCAAAUUCAAUUUACUCUUGAGGUAAUUGACAAUUGAGAUGAUGUUGAGGAAUUUUUGUGAUCCUGUUUAAUGUGGAAUGCAGUUUUACAAGGAUAAUGUGUAUUAUUUUUAGUGUAUCUUCCUUCUAAGGGUGGAUUGGAUUGCAUUGUUUUUGUUAGUUUA